AAAAAAACCUCCUCACUUAUAUGGCUGAGGUUCGAACACAUAUUCUCUCUCCUUACUUCUCUUCCUCAAUGAGGUUUUUAACCAGUUGACAUAACCACAAAAAGGAAAAAAAAGUACUACCUUUAACUUAAAUAAUAUUUUCCCAAAAUUAGUAUAGUUUUAACUAGUUUUUCUUUUUAAGAGGAAAAUUUGACGUUGCUCUAUUCCAUACAGAGAUUGCCUUUUUCGCAUUGUCCAAAUGAUCACAGAAGGUUCUUUCCUAAUCAUGCGUCUAAGGUGCAUCACUUGCACCUUGAUUACUUCAGAAAUGCAUGUUUCUUUGGAAGAUAUCAAAGAGGCAGAUCCAUGUUUGUAUAGUAGCUACAAUCCUCACUAUGGAUGAUGAUGCUAUUGAUUCAUAUGAUCUAGGAUUGACUUUUGUUAGAGAAGUUAAGGAGUUAGGAUCCAAGAAAGUUAUAGAGCUGCGUCCUGGUGGGAAAAGCAUUGCGGUGAAUAGCAGAAAUAGGCACGAAUAUAUUGACCUUUUUUAA